AUGGCUCCCAGAGCAGCUCCCGACGACGACGGCGACAACACCAGUGAAACUAGAGUCCAACCACCAUAUGGUGCCACUCAUCCACCAAAUCUAUUCCACCAUGAGGUUGAGGGAAUGCCGAUAUGGGGCAUUAUAGUAAUCGUUGCUCUCAUCAUCUUAUUGCUUGCAUUGAUUUCCUACAUUGUCUACACACAGCUUCGAGCUCGCCGCCUUGGCCUCCCGGCCCCUAGCUGGCGAACAUACGUCCCCUUCAUGAAGAAUAACAAGCGUUCGGCCCCAUCCUCCUAUGAGCCUGCUCGUGAAGGUGCCGGCUUUGUCGGUGCAGUUAAGGGCGUUUUCGGAGGUGGAAACACCGGCUACUCCGGCGCUGGAACCCGUUCCGCGCGGACCCGCGGGGCUUUUGACCCAGAUCAAGCCUGGGAUUCCCGCAUGGACGAAGAUGACAUCUCGUACACUGGUGGCGGAUACGGCCAACGCUCGACCCCCGACAGCAGGGGUCGCUAUGGCGAGGCGCAUCAGAUGCAGGAGCAUCGCGGGCAUGAGGAGCCGGAGAGAGGCCGGAGCCGAAGCAGGGAGCCUCCGAGAAGAAGUGUACCGCCACCAUAUCCCACUGAUGAUGCGACAAACCCGUUUGAGGGAGAUAUCAGGAGACCCGAAAGCGAAGGAUUCGUCGGAAACAAUGUGAGGGGUGGACGGCCAAGCGUUGAGAGCGAGAGGAGGAGUGUGUUCAGGGAGAGCAUCACCUAA